GUCGUUUUCAUCUGUGUGGUGCUUGGUAAACCAAAAUGAUCGUACACAUGUGAAACGUUCGUCAAAUUUUGAGGUUCGUUAUGUAAAGUGGAGUAAGUGUUGCUGAAAAAGUGGAACGCGGCUAUUGGUCGCGUUUGUUUAGCUUCGUUUUGAAACGUUGCUAGCUACCGAGCUAACAUUAGCAGUAAACUGAAAAUAGGUAAAUGCAAAUUAAACUCGAACCGAAGAGACGCUGUGUGGCGGUAAAGCACGAUUCACAAGUGUUCAUUUAUAUAGUUGAACUAAUUUAGGGGAGGUUUUGAUUCCGGUCCGAACUGUAGGUCCACAACAUUAUCACCUUAACGGAGCCAGGACUUGCGUUCCCUGGACGGACUGGCUCGUUUCAUGGCGGCCGGAGUCCGGAGGUCCCUCAUGGGUGUGCGGACGUUAAGUGACUUUCUUCACGGUGCUGCCGUCGGAUCUCCUCGUUCAUGUCACACAGUGGAGACGAGAGGAUGUAUACGGCGCGAUAUCAGACACCUGUCGUCAUGUGGCAUUUUGAUGACACGAACUCCCAGACUGCUUUGCCUUCAAGACUGGGACACCAUGACAGCUGUUCCUCAAAGUAGAAACUUUAUCAGCCUCUCCAACAAAAGGAAGGAGUACUCAGAGCGUCGUAUACUUGGGUAUUCAAUGCAGGAGAUGUAUGAUGUGGUAGCUAAUGUCGACGACUACAAAAACUUUGUGCCCUGGUGUAAAAAGUCGCAGACCAUCAUGAAAAGAUCGGGCCACUCCAAGGCCCAGCUUGAAGUGGGUUUCCCUCCUGUGGUGGAGAGAUACACCUCAAUGAUCACCAGUGUCCGACCUCAUCUAGUUAAAGCUGUAUGUACAGAUGGAAAGCUUUUCAACCACCUGGAGACGAUAUGGCGCUUCAGUCCUGGCAUUCCUGGUUACCCUCGCACCUGCACAGUCGACUUUUCUAUAUCCUUCGAGUUCCGGUCCUUGCUGCACUCGCAGCUGGCCACCAUGUUCUUUGACGAGGUCGUAAGACAGAACGUCAGUGCCUUUGAGCAGCGGGCCGGUAAACUUUAUGGCCCAGAGACUCGUAUCCCACGAGAACUGAUGUUUCACGAGGUGCGCCAGACAUGAGCUCAGCCACCCUGUGUUCCCAUCGAGCCUUAUGCCACGUCAACCUCUUAAUCUGUGAGCUGUCGCCGGCCUGCAUGAUUCCACUUUGGUGCCGACCACUUUGAGUCUCCCCGCCGGAUGUCACAGCGGCUUCUGAAGCCCUGCGUGAGAAGAAUCGUAUUUUUGCUUUUAUUUCUGCCUCAGCAAACUGUUCAGUGUCGCUCCUGCUUAUUUGCUGUCUUCAGUUUCUACCGUCACUCAAGCUUUCUGGAAACAAACCUGCACACACUGCAGUUAGUCUAUUUUUGGUAAACACAAGCGUAAACUGCUAUAACAACCAUGUCACUGGUGGUGGUGGUUCAGCACAACAGUCUUUCAGGGUUUUUUUUUUUUAAAUUAAUGUCAAAGCCUUUGGAGACUUUUUUUUCAGAACAGGUCUUACAAUUCACUGUGGCAUCAGGGCUUGACUUUAUAUUAUAUUAGCAAAGUUAUUUUAGUUUAAUUUUUUUGGAUGUAUGACAAUGACCUAGCUGCAAACUGAUCAUUUCAUCACUUGUUUUUAAAUUAUUCAGCUUUGGUUACAUAAAAGUGAAAUGUUUUAUUGUGUUUAAAUGUAAAUUGGGCGUGUUUAAGAAGUGGUGAGAAUUGUGUAGUGUGUGCAUGAUCAUGCAAAGGGUGAAUGUUCCUUUCUGUAUCUGAUAAACGGUGUCAACUGACUUUAAAGUGACAAUUCUUUGUUAUUGAAAGGAAAAAAAAAAGCGUGAAUAUGCAGCUUUUAAGGACAAAACCAAUGCUAUGGUGCUGAAGCAAGACGGGGUGCUAUUUUCUCCACACACUUCUGAAUUGUCCCUUUAAGGUUCAGGAAUUAGAGCUUUACAAAUCGGCUUUACAGCACUUUAAGGGUUUCAUUUUGCUAAACAGACAGAUUUGAGCUGCCGAUCUUAUCAGUUCAUAUUUUACAGCCCAUCACUCUUGACUUGUCAUGGAACCUGAAUUAAUCCAACACACUGCAGCUGAUUUCUAACAGACAUUUCUGAAAAUACUAAACAAGAUUACAACAAAUGCAAUGGAUUAAACAGAUUGUUACAACUUUAAGAAUAAUUUUAGAGAAACACGUUAAAAGCUGUUAGCUGUUAAAUGUUACCCAUCUCACAGUAUG